GAUAGCCAAAUAAGUUGGAACACAACUCGUCCCAAAUUUAGCGCCUGCAUCGCCGAAACGGCCUUCACAUGGAUUCCGUCCCUAUUUCUGUGGAUAUGUUUACCGGUAGUAAUCGCAGACAUGUUCCGCACCCGACGGCCGGCCAUCGCGUGGAACGCAUACAACAGCGCCCGUAUGGCUACGGCGCUGACCCUAUCGGUGGUGACUGUCGUAGACUUCAUACUAUGUAUGAUAAGGCAGUUCAAGUCCGACGACACGCCCGCCGUCUCGUACCUGAUCUCGACGGCCAUGUAUUCGUGGUUAAUACUGUUUAUAAUAAACUCAUUCGCGGACCGAUUGCCUGAAGACAACUAUACGGAUAAACUCGGCGGACAGUCCCGCUCCCGCGUCUGUCCCAAAGAGAGGGCUUCUUUCCCGCAGAAAUUGAUUUUUGAAUGGAUAACAGGAUUAAUACUGAAGGGUUGGAAGAAUCCGUUGACCAGCGCUGACCUGUGGGCUGUGCGCCGAGAGGACCGGUGCCGUAAAGUGUACGGCGAGUUCAGCAGUAUAUGGAAAGGCACUAAAUUAGUGGAAGAGUUGACCGCCGAAGACGACGAAAGAGUGGUGUCGGAGUUGAGCGGAAAGUCCGGCGAUAUUAAUAUUUUAAAAUUGGUGGCCGAUGUCGUACAACUGGCCAACCCUAUGAUUAUGAAGCUUUUGAUCGCUUUCACUACUGACCCACUUGAGCCCGAUUGGCACGGCUAUAUGUACGCCUGUUUACUUAUUUUCACCAACAUCUUCCAGAGUCUUAUCAAUGGUUAUCAAUCACAGCGUAUGGCUGUGUUGGGUAUGAGGAUUAGGACAUGUCUGAUAUCAGCCGUAUAUAGGAAGUCAUUGGUAUUAAGCAAUCACUCAAAGACUGCCACCACUUCUGGAGAGAUCGUUAAUCUCAUGGCAGUUGACGCUCAGAGAUUUGUCGAUAUGUUGCCGUAUCUAAGUUUCCUAUGGACAGCACCGGUACAGGUGGGCAUUUCGCUGUAUUUACUAUACAACGAGAUGGGUUACGCCACGUUUGGUGGACUCGUAGUGAUGCUUAUGUUGAUUCCCAUCAAUGGUUAUGUCAGCGCUAAGAUCCAGAAGAUUCAGACAAAACAAAUGAAACUUAAGGAUGAAAGAGUGCGGGGUUUGAAUGAAAUACUUGGUGGUAUCAAAGUGCUCAAGUUAUACGGUUGGGAAGAGGCGUUUGUGGAUAAUAUACUGGCCAUACGGCGCCGGGAGUUGAAUUUGAUCCGUAAAAGUGGUCUAAUAAGUGGUGUGACGGUUGUAUUGGCCGGCAUUACGCCAUUUCUCGUAGCUUUGGUCACAUUUGGUAUAUACAUAGCGAUGGGAAACACAUUAGACGCUCAGAAAGCGUUUGUUUCAAUAGCUUUAUUCAAUUUGUUAAGAAUACCCUUAACUAUAGUGCCAAAUAUGGUUACAAGUUUGAUCUUGACAUUAGUAUCGGUGAAACGUUUGGAUAAAUUCCUGAAUUUUUCGGAACUCAUGGGUUAUGUGAACAGAAAUAAGGACCAAAAAGAGGUAAUAAAAGUGGAAAACGCGUCGUUUACGUGGGAAAGGGUAGAGGAUGUGGUGGACGGGGGUCUCAAACCUACUCUCGACAAGAUUAACCUUAAAGUAAUGAAAGGCAAGUUUGUCGCCGUCGUUGGAAAUGUGGGCUCCGGUAAGAGCUCUUUAUUGUCGGCUCUGUUGGGAGAUAUGGAGAUAUGCAGUGGAAGUGUGAAUAUCAAUGGGAACUCAGAGUUAGCUUAUGUACCACAACAGGCGUGGAUACAAAACGCCACUUUGAAAGACAAUAUACUGGUACCUUUUACAAAUAAAUAA